UAGUUCAUUGAACUUUGCUUUCUACUCUCAUUAGAUUAUGGAGGGAAAAGUUUUUAAAAAAAUUGGCGUUUUUGGUUCAUAAAAAUACAUAAAUAAUAAAACACCCGAAAAGCUGGAAGCUCGAACUUGAAAUUUUCGAAAUUUUCCACAAGGUUAUCUGUCGAAUAGGACGUUACCUACCUGUUCAGACGUUUGUGACGUAAGGGCGCAACGCCACCCACCAAGAAUUAUCAGUUCACUGUUCGGGUAGCAGCAAUGCAGCGCCAAUAGUAAAUAUUAUGAAUGUUAUAAAUUCGCUUCAGUAAUAAAACUUUCGUGGAAAACGAAAUGAAUUAAAGCGUUUCUCAAGUUGUCGAAAAAAUCUAGUGGAAUCUUUCAAAGUGUAACAUUUGAAAGUUGAAUUUCGUGUCAAGGUUUUGCCAAUUCGAGCAAGUUGUAUCGUAGAAUGUAAUCCAAAUGGAGCUUUUUCACAAAUUCGAUAUGAGGAAAGGUGUAUUAAAUGGCUGCUUGCGGAAAGUUGAACGAUGUCAGGACGGAAUUAAAAUCUAUUCCCGUUGAUAACGAUUGUUUAAACGCUGUUCGUGCUUUGCACCAAACGGUGGUUUGCUUAAGGACAGCGUUGGAAAGAUCGCAAAGUGAAUUGCAUUCGUUGAAGAAAAAAGUACCCAGUCGUAGUUCUAGUCGUAAAUAUGAUAUCGCUAUCGAACAAUUAUCAUUAGAGAACCAUAUUCUAAGACGUAGGAUCUCAGCUGCCAAAAAUAAGAACACAUUUUUCGACCGUGGUGCCGAAAUUAAAUGCUUCUCGAUGGAUAAUAUUUCUCAAGAUACGCGAAACGAAGAUAAAGAAAACGAAACGAAUGAACCAUCGUCUGAGGCAGAUGGUAACGGACAAGAUGAUUUCAGAGAUGUAGAAAAAAGAGACGAGGAUAAUCAGUUCGUGUUUUUCAAAAAUAAAACCGACUCCGAAGAAUCCGAAGAAGUCGACGAUAUUGAACUGAUAUUCACCACCGAUGAUACCAACAUCAUCAAUUUACACGAAGAACUCGAGCCUAUUUCGGAUGAUGGCGAACCGUACGAAUCUAAAUUGGAAAUUAAUCAUCAUGGUAUUGCGACGCAAUCUGUUCUAGUCGAGACUGAUAUUUCGAAAUGUGGCAUAGUUUACAAAGAUGAAGACACGUUUCUGAGUCCAAUCAGCCAGGCCGGACUGAAUACUUCGUUUCGUAAUGCACUCAAAAAAGAACAUUCCAUCGAAAGAAAAACCAGCCGGUUAGCUCACGCUCCCGUCAAAGCUGUGGUAAGCUUGGUGAGACCUGUACUGAACGAGAACAACGCAUCUAUGCGCGACUCCGAAGCCCAGACUGAUAUUUCGGCUGUACCGCCUAGUUGGAAAUCUGAAAGUUUUCUCGUGAAUAACAAAGCGUCUCAAAACUUCCCCACAUUACCAUCUAAAUUCGCAAUACCUAUAAAAGAACAUCAUCAAAAACCUCCGUUGAAAUUGACUGAAAAAACGCAGGAGGCUAGGCGAAUAUUACUAUCUGAUAUAAAUUUCACUAGCAUGGUACCGGAGCUAUCAAGAAGUGUGGAUCAUUUAUGUCAUAAUGGUAUUCGUUUACCUAGCACCAGUUUACAGACUCCGUUCGCGAUGAAAUAUUUGAAAAGUCCAGCUUUAGCUAGCACUGGUUCGUCGUAUUCUAGAUUCGAGUUCAACGUGGGUAAUUCUAAUUGGAAUUGUUACGAAAAUUCGUACGCAUCAGAUCAAGACCGAUCGGCACAAGAUUUACAUGCUAAACGAAGACAAUCUUGGAGACCAUCGAUGUAUUCUUUGGAUGCGUAUUAUGUUAAUCGUACCUCGUCCGUUCCUCCGUCGCCCACGUUGAGACGACAUUCAGCUGCAUUAUCAUAUUCUCCUUCAGCUAACACAGAGGCCCAGUUUUAUUACCCUUUACCAGAAAAAUUUAGCGUCAAGACUUUUUCCAAUUCGACGUUGAAAAAUGCCAGCGUUACGUCCAUUAAUCGUAAACCUAAGACUAAAGUUUCCUUCAAAGAAUCGCUCCUUUCAAAAAACACAGGAUCUCGCCAGUCAUUACCGAAUAUGUACGUUGAUACUGAAAGUGGCGAAGAAUCGACAGACUCGCUCAUAGACGAAUCGGAAGAAUGUGUUAGGAAAUCAAUAGAUUCUACUUUGACCGCAAUAGAUUGGCCCUAUGUUGGUUAUCAUUACGUUGGACGUACUCAUUCGGUGCCAAAUUUAUUUUUAGAAUUUUCGCCACCAUUCUCAGCUAGGCCAUUUAUCGCUAGAUCCGUAAAUGACUUGAAAAUCAAUUACUUCAUCAAAGUAAUUAAUAAAGAAGGUAGAGUGGUCGGAGGAAGAAUCCAAUUUGUCGGAAACAUUCCGGGUAAAUCUGAACCAUAUAUCGGUAUACUGCUACCUCCAAGUUUGGGUGAAACAGACGGAACAUUCCAAGGAUUACGAUAUUUUUCAUGCGAAAGAAAUUGCGGUCUGUUUGUUCCAUUUCGUAAAGUUGUGAUGGCAUGGAAGGUGUAAUUGUUUCGACGCUUUUCUACGAUUACGAUACGCACCAUACCUAAUUAAUAAAUUCACUUACCAUAUUGUAUUUUUAAGAACCUACUUAUUAUACUUACUCGCUAUUUUUUCGAAAAAUGUUUUUUUUUCCAAGUGAGCUUACCGCUGACAUGACUUAUUUUUUUCGUCGUUUUUCUUCACUUUUUUUUAUUUGUUGAGUUUACAGCGCUUUUUAAAUUUUGUUUUUUGUGUGUUUUUUAUUUUAUUUUUUUGUUUGUUACUGUUUGUAUUGUGAAUAUUUCACCAAAACUGUAUUAUUUUUCUAGUCACGUAAACUAUUACUGUACGAUUGGAACGGAUCUGCUUACCAGAGACUGGAACUACAAAUCGAUUCACCGCUACUUUGCGGUUUCCGCUUUGUUACCUCUUUUUACCGUAGUAAAAUCGAAAGCUUGGAUAUCAGUUAAAUUGAAUAAUAAUCAAACAACGAAUAUUAUAAUUAAGAAAUCUUAGCAAUAAUUCUUCCAUGUUUAUUUAUUAAAAAAAUAUUUUCAGCAAUUUCCCAGGCAAGACUUUUGCAUUUUAUUAAAGACUGUAAUGUAAUUCUCAACGUAUGCCAUAUGUUACUAUCUCUCUCUUUCUUUUGUUAGGUAGUUUUAAUGUUAAAUAAACGAUAUUUUUGUUUGUGUA